CAAAUGGCCCCCGGGCCACACUUUGGACACAUCUGCAAUAGACGGUACCAAUAUUUGGCUCGAUUCGCCGACCCCGCUAGCACUUAAAUAAUUUAAAGAAUGAAUAUAAACCAUCUGUUAUAUAGAAUUGCGUUCCUGUUUCAAAAAAGUGAAGGAAUCCCAUCAAUUUUCACUCCCUAAAGCCAAUCAAUGACGUUACGUGGGGAAAUGCGGUGCUAUUAGCCAUCAAGUUAGCACACCAGCAACGUAAACAGGCGAGCUGCAUGUUAACCCUUGCUAGAUUUUCUACUUUCUUAUGUAACCACAAAAGAAUGCAUCUUACACGUUAUUCCCUGGGACGACAAUAACGUUCUGGAAAAUGCCACAAGACGCUACUUACUCAAAUUAAAAGGCAAGACGCACGAAAGAUUCCCCACAGAAGUCUAUGACUAUGGAUCCGAGCUCCAGUGCUUCUGCUGUUCCAGCUGCUUUGACCGCCCAGGUGUGUUUCCCAGCUGCCCGUGCUGCCGUUUUGGACAACCUGAACCGCCAGCGAGAGGAAGGCAGGCUGUGUGACCUCUCCAUCCAUGUUCAAGGGAAGGUGUACAAGGCCCACCGCUGUGUGCUCGCUGCUUCCUCACCGUACUUCCACGACCAGGUGUUACUCAAGAAUGUGACAGCAGUUUCCCUCCCCUCGGUCAUGGACCCAAUGGCCUUUGAGAGCGUGCUCAGUUCAGCGUACACCGGCCAGCUGAGCAUUGUCCAUGAUGACAUAGUCAACUACGUCACUGUGGCCAGUUUCCUCCAGAUGUGGCACAUUGUGGACAAAUGCACGGAGAUCCUAAAGAGGCCGCGGCCGUCAGCAGAAGUAACCCAGCCAGAGGCGUCGGUAGCUCAUCCUGGUAGUGCAUCCAGGCAGCAGUCUCCCAGCAGCACCGACUGUUUGUAUGUGGAGCGAGAGGGAAGAAGGAAGGAGGCGAAACCGGACGCCCUGCCUCCUUUAGCUACAUGGCGGCGACCGCAGCAGUUUUCAAGAUGGGGUGUCCCACGGCCCUCGUCAGCCCAGCACUUAGCCGACUCCCAGCUCGAUGCCCUCCCCAGUUUCGCAGAGACGGAUUAUACCUGCUGUGAGGAAACAUGGACGUUAAACCAUGUGAAAAGUGGACACUUGGGGCACAGUAGCUCAGGUGCUGAGGUACCGAAGCAGAAAGUCAGAUGUCAGCCUCGAGUAGCUUUGCAGAGCGCUGACAGACUGCUUGAUAAGAACAUUGAUGGUGGUGAGGGUGAUGAAAUACCACAGAAGAAGAAGAAGAAUGAGAAACGAGCAAUCGAGGCUGAUGAGGGAGUCGGAGAAGUGGCGAUGGAGAAAAAGGAAGACUUUGCACAAAUGGGUCACUGCGAAGACUUCCAGCCAAUGUUAAUGGGGAAUGAGGACGCCAGGAGAGCCGCAGUGAAGGUGAGUGUGGAGGACAUAAGAGAGAAAGCUCAGAGGGGCACAGACUUGUACAGUGUUGAUGCUUGCCAAAAAGGUGAAAGCACUUUGGUUGCCUGCUGCACGGUUCCAGCCCGGGUGCAGUGGCAGGCUGGUUCCUGGUCUCAGCAAGAGUCCAGACCACCGGAGGGAGAAGGUGGCAGUAAAUCUGAGGAGGACUUUGAAUGUCUCACAGAAGGGAGUUACAACAGGGACACCUAUGAUGAGAUUGAAGAUGGGACAGGCCAGGUUUCCCAGAGGCCUCUCUUGCCUGCGUCGCCUGAUUUCACCAUGGCGAGCGCUGGCAUGCUCAUGGCAGCUAGCGGUUCAUCGUUAACCCCUGCCUCCAGUCGCCAUUUGUCACCUUCUUCCGCCACGCUCCCACCACCUUCUUCGCCCCCAACCCCAUCCUCAUCUUCCUCAGUCACCAUGGCCAGCGCCCCGUACUCUGGCAAAGUGCAUUUCUGCCACUGCGGCAAAGCCUUCACCCUGAAGAGCAUGCGCGACCGCCACGUGAAAAUGCAGCACCUCAACCUGCGACCUUUCGGCUGCCCCGUUUGCACCAAGUCAUUUAAGAUGAAGCAUCAUCUCACCAAGCACCUUAAGACCCACGGAGGGCUGCGGCCAUACGAGUGUGGCGUGUGUGGGAAGAAAGUCAUCUGGCGGGACAGCUUCCUGAGGCACCAAGCCAGAUGUGAGAGGGUUGCGCCCUCCGGCGGCCACACAAACUCUGCUCAGGCCGACAUGGACGACAGAUGUGGGUACGCGCUCGACGGCGGUGACGCCUUUCUCGCCCUGGGAGGGCAAGUGAAAGUGGAGGUGGAUUUCCACAGGGAAAUGGAGGAUGGGAUGAGUGGGUUGUUGGGAAGCGUGUCCGGUAUUGUGGAUGAAUUAAGAACUCAAAACAUGGACACUGGUGGUCAUGUUUACAAAGAGGAGGUGAGUGAAAGCUUUAGUGAAACUAAGUAGUAUUUAUACUAGUGUGUAUGACGUCUUUACACUUUACCAAAAAGGAAAAAAGCUGAUUCAUUUCUAAAUGUUGAUUUUUUAAAAAAUGUUACUUAAUAAACGCUGCCAUUUUACUGAAGCUACGCAGCACCUCCUCGCUCUUGUCGGUCAGGGCAAGUUGGCUCCGCUGUCCUGAUCAGUCAUCACCAUGCUGGAGGGACGAGCUCUUUACUGUAAUUAUUGACUUUUUUUUUGUAUUUAUUUAUUUUUUAACAUGUCUUUAGUUAUGUGCACGAAUGCACUGUCAAGUGAGCGAGCGUGCCGUGUUUUUCCACUUGAUGGAUUAUUUUCAGCCUUUUUAUUCAUUUCUUUCUCCCACUUCAUGUCCUUCCGGGACCUCCUGUGAAGAACAGCAGAAAGACCAUUGAAAGUUUAUUUUUUAAAGCAGAGCAAGACAACGAGCAGUCUGAUAAUAGUAAUUAUUACAACACGGUGUGAUUUAUUUAAAACGUAAGCACAGGGCCCUGAGCAUGGUGUGUGCGUGGAAAUAUGGCCCUACUUUUACGCACACAAAAAAGUCUUUUGUGUCUCUGUCUGCGCUUGCUUUAUACUUCUUAGGAGCAUUUUCAAGUUUUAUCCAUAAGGGGGAAAUGUACUUUAGAUUACACAUCACAAUGUAAUGUAGCAGCUCAUGCUGUACAUUCACUGAUGUUCUUUAUUCUUGUAAGCCUGAUUUUGCACAUGAGUUAUUGUUUGCCGACAUAUUACCAAAAAAGAAAAAACGGAAUACAUUUUUUACACCAAACGCUAAUUGGUGUAUUAAAUUUGUUGCAUUUUUGGGUUGGCAAUUUGGGUCACAAUUCUGACCUUUGACUAUGAAGACAAUGGUAUUAAGAGAAAUACACAACAUUUGUAGGCAGCGUCACAAUAUUUAUGAAACGUUAUUGCACACCGUACUUAGUGGCGUGAAAAGAAGCGUACACUUGCUGGACAUUUUAUUAGGUACACCGGCGCAAUCUAAUGAAAAAUUAUAGCAUGGAGUGGUGUGGAAUAUACUAUUGAGUUGACCCCUCCCCAACCUAAAUAUUAGGAGCAACGUUUUUGAUAGAGCUCUUGUAUUGGCUCUCAUUAGAUUGCGCAGGUGUAUCUGAUGUCUUAGAUGUUGAGUCUAUAUUUAAGAACGGUUCUUUCGAAGGCCGUUACAGCAAUGUUCUACUAUGGUUAUCUUUUAAUGUGCCUUUGCAUUGGAAUUGUCAGUGAAGUGUGUUGUCAUUUAAAUGGACCCAUGCCUGAAGAAAGUGAGUUGAUUGAGUUUUUGCACCUUCUUUAUUUCAUGAUUGGACGCCACGUUUAAAUGUGUUUUGACCACAACAAGCAAAAUGUGGUUGAAUAGAGUACACCUGAAACAUGACAGCAGUGUGUUAUCUGAAAAGACGUACUGUACUACAGUAUUGGUAUAAACAUUUUAAGUUAGUGUUCUUUUUUUGUUUGUUGAAUGGGCCUGAAAUAACAAAAUACUGUAACAGUAGCGGUACUAAUUUAAAGAGUGCUACUUGAGUUAAGUUUCCUGUACAAAAUUACUCAUACCCGUGCUCAAUACAUGCAGUCCCCAUGUUCAAAAAAUGACAAUACAGUAUUCUAUAUAGUGCUUGGUUUGUAGCUAACGUCUCUUAAAAAGCAGUUAUGCCAAAAGCAAAUGCAUUAAUGGAAUAAAGACAAGACAAUUGUCAGAUUUCAGAACAUUUAAUAUGAUAUGAUUUCAUUAAUUGAUGAUGUGCAUCAACAAAGUAAAUACUAAAGGUGUGUUUAUUUCCAGUUAGGCUACACAUUCAAACAUAAAUCUAAUAAGGAAAAUGCACUACACACCCUUCUCUGUGGCUACAUAAGCACAUAGAACAUGGAGAAAUUACAGUGGCAAUGUCAUUUGUUUACAACAGAAAACAAAAUCCACAAUUAUGUAUCAUUUUUUUAAUCACUGAACUCCUAAACGUGUUGCUGCUUCCACCUGCAACCUUUGAACCACUUGCAAACAGACCUUUACGUCAACUAACUGAAACUUCCUUUUUCUUCACAAGCCACACAUGACGUUACAACUUCACACUCGGUGUAAGAUAAACCACCGAUUCAUUCGCAGGGGCCGUGAUUAGUGUGCGACAGUGCAAUUAAAAAGGGCGGGUUUUUUCGCCGUUUAAAUCAUCUACUUACUACUGCACAUGUUUAAUAACUGAGCCUUGACAGUUCCGAAAUAGUGCAAACAGAAACACGCCACAUUUCAAGUUGUUUAAUGAAAAGUUGUUCAUCGAAACACAAAGCGUCACUCGUACAAAAAAAAAAAAACAA